CAGGGUGGCGCUGUGAGACCACAUUCGAACCACAGUGAGAGUCGCCAGCAAUGGCGCAGUGACGCUCUCGGGUGCUGCGGGUUUAGAAAUAAUCCUUCAGCAAUCCAGCUUCUCGUGAGCCAUCCGUCCCUGACUAAUAUAUAAAAUUACCCAAAGCUAUUCACGAAGAUUUAGCAAAGGGUUACAGUCAUGUUUGAAAUCGACGAAGAGUACACCUACCAGGAGGAGGAUGAGACUGAUGAGAUCACGCCCGACCUGUGGCAGGAGGCGUGCUGGAUCGUCAUCAGCUCGUACUUUGACGAGAAGGGUCUGGUACGCCAGCAGCUGGACUCCUUCGAUGAGUUCAUCCAGAUGUCCGUGCAGCGGAUCGUGGAGGAUUCGCCACAGAUCGACCUGCAGGCCGAGGCACAACAUCUCACCAUGGAGGCGGAAGUUCCUCCUCGCUACCUGCUGAACUUCGAACAGAUCUACCUGUCCAAACCCACUCACUGGGAGAAGGACGGAGCUCCCAGUCCCAUGAUGCCCAACGAAGCUCGACUUCGAAACUUGACGUAUUCAGCACCCCUGUAUGUUGACAUCACAAAAACUAUCGUCAAAGAUGGCGAAGAGCGAAUUGAGACUCAACAUCAGAAAACUUUCAUUGGGAAGAUUCCCAUCAUGUUGCGCUCCACCUACUGUCUCCUUAGCGGACUGACAGACAGAGACUUGACAGAGUUGAACGAAUGUCCCUUAGAUCCUGGAGGCUACUUCAUCAUCAAUGGCUCAGAGAAAGUUCUGAUUGCUCAAGAGAAGAUGGCAACAAACUCAGUAUAUGUGUUUGCAAAGAAGGACUCCAAGUACGCCUUUACGGGCGAGAUCAGAUCGUGUUUGGAGCACUCGUCACGACCGACAAGCACGCUGUGGGUCCACAUGCUGGCCAGAGGAGGCACAGGUCAGAGAAAGAGUGCCAUUGGUCAGCGCAUCGUGGCGGUUCUGCCGUACAUCCGUCAGGAGAUUCCCAUCAUCAUCGUUUUCCGUGCCUUGGGCUUCGUGUCAGACAGGGACAUUCUGGAACACAUCAUCUACGACUUUGACGACCCAGAAAUGAUGGAAAUGUUGAAACCCUCCCUGGAUGAAGCCUUUGUCAUCCAAGAGCAGAACGUGGCCCUGAACUUCAUCGGUGCGAGAGGUGCCAAACCUGGUGUGACUAAGGACAAGAGAAUCAAGUAUGCGAGAGAAAUCCUACAGAAGGAGAUGCUGCCUCAUGUAGGCAUCAGUGACUAUUGUGAGACCAAGAAGGCUUAUUUCUUAGGGUACAUUGUACACAGACUGCUGUUGGCGGCACUGGGUCGGAGAGAGCUGGACGACCGUGAUCACUACGGUAACAAGCGUCUGGACCUGGCAGGUCCGCUGCUGGCUUACCUGUUCCGCGGCCUGUUUAAGAACCUGACCAAGGAGGUCAGAAUAUACGCCCAGAAGUUCAUCGACAGGGGGAAGGACUUCAAUCUGGAGCUUGCUAUCAAGACACGAAUCAUCACAGAUGGGUUGAAGUAUUCCCUGGCCACAGGAAACUGGGGUGAUCAGAAGAAGGCUCACCAGGCGAGGGCUGGGGUGUCUCAGGUGUUGAACAGACUGACGUUUGCCUCCACCCUGUCCCAUCUGCGGCGUCUGAACUCCCCCAUUGGUCGUGACGGCAAGCUGGCCAAACCCAGACAGCUGCACAACUCACUCUGGGGCAUGAUCUGUCCUGCAGAGACCCCUGAGGGUCAGGCUGUAGGGCUGGUGAAGAACCUGGCCCUGAUGGCCUACAUCUCCGUGGGUUCCCAGCCCUCCCCCAUCCUGGAGUUCCUGGAGGAGUGGAGUAUGGAGAACCUGGAGGAAGUCGCUCCCUCCGCCAUCGCUAACGCCACCAAGAUCUUUGUGAACGGCUGCUGGGUGGGGGUGCAUCGGGACCCCGAACAGCUCAUGAACACACUGAAGAAACUCAGGAGACAGAUGGACAUCAUCGUGUCUGAGGUUUCCAUGGUGAGAGACAUCCGGGAGCGCGAGAUCAGGAUCUUCACGGACGCAGGGCGGAUCUGUCGGCCGCUGCUGAUCGUAGAGAAACAGAAGCUCCUCCUGAAGAAGCAUCAUGUGGACAUGCUGAAGGAGAGGGAGUACAACAACUACAGUUGGCAGGACCUGGUUGCCGGGGGUGUGGUGGAGUACAUCGACACCCUGGAGGAGGAGACGGUGAUGCUGGCCAUGACCCCAGAUGACCUGCAGGACAAGGGCGUGGCCUACUGUUCCACCUACACCCACUGUGAGAUCCACCCGUCCAUGAUCCUGGGAGUGUGUGCCUCCAUCAUCCCCUUCCCUGAUCACAACCAGUCUCCCCGUAAUACGUACCAGUCUGCUAUGGGUAAGCAGGCCAUGGGAGUCUACAUCACCAACUUCCAUGUGCGUAUGGACACGCUGGCCCACGUGCUCUACUACCCACAGAAACCACUCGUCACCACGCGCUCCAUGGAGUACCUACGCUUCCGAGAACUUCCCGCCGGAAUCAACGCCAUUGUCGCCAUCGCGUCUUACACGGGGUACAACCAGGAGGACUCUGUGAUCAUGAACGCGUCAGCCAUCGACCGGGGACUGUUCCGCAGCGUGUUCUACCGAUCCUACAAGGAGUCUGAAUCCAAGAAAGGUCUGGACCAGGAGGAGAUCUUUGAGAAGCCGACAAGGGAUGAGGUUACAGGCAUGAGGAAUGCCAUCUAUGACAAGCUGGAUGACGACGGUAUCAUCGCACCCGGGGUGAGGGUGUCAGGAGAGGAUGUCAUCAUCGGCAAGACUGUCACCCUGCCAGAGAAUGAAGAUGAGCUUGAGAGCACAACCAAGCGGUUCACCAAGCGAGACUCCAGCACCUUCCUACGCAGCAGCGAGACAGGCAUUGUGGAUCAGGUCAUGGUGUCCAUUAACCAGGAGGGUUACAAGUUCUGUAAGGUCAGAGUUCGCUCCGUCCGCAUCCCACAGAUUGGGGACAAGUUUGCCAGUCGGCACGGUCAGAAGGGAACAUGUGGAAUCACAUACAGGCAGGAGGACAUGCCAUUCACAGCAGAAGGCAUCAGCCCUGACAUCAUCAUCAACCCCCACGCUGUACCGUCUCGUAUGACCAUCGGCCAUUUGAUCGAGUGUCUGCAGGGGAAGGUGUCGGCCAACAAGGGCGAGAUCGGCGACGCCACGCCCUUCAACGAUGCCGUCAACGUGCAGAAGAUCUCUAACCUGCUCCACGAGUAUGGCUAUCACCUGAGAGGAAAUGAGGUGGUGUACAAUGGGUUCACAGGCAGGAAGCUCAGCACUCAGCUUUUCAUCGGCCCCACCUACUACCAGCGCCUGAAGCAUAUGGUGGACGACAAGAUCCACUCUCGUGCCCGGGGUCCUGUGCAGAACCUGAACAGACAGCCCAUGGAGGGCAGGUCAAGGGAUGGAGGUCUCCGUUUUGGAGAGAUGGAGCGUGACUGUCAGAUCGCCCAUGGUGCAGCCCAGUUCCUGCGGGAGCGGCUGUUCGAGGUGUCGGACCCGUAUCAGGUGCACGUGUGCAACCUGUGUGGCCUGAUCGCCAUUGCUAACCUGAGGAACCAAACCUUCGAGUGCAGGGGCUGCAAGAACAAAACUCAGAUCUCAAAAAUCCGGAUCCCCUACGCCUGCAAGCUGCUGUUCCAGGAGCUGAUGGCCAUGAGCAUUGCACCACGGAUGAUGACCCAGUGAGAGACCCAAAAUUUACUUCCCGGGAAGUUGCUCUUGUCAAAAAUUGAAAAAUGUAUAAAAAGUUGUAUUUUUUUGUAAUGGAUUCCCAAGGGUAUGCAAGAUAGACUUUCUUUCUUCGUUAAGGCGCACUUGACAGAUUUGUACAUCAAUACAAAGCUAUGUGACAAGUACCUGCUUUUCUUAAAUCAUGGAAAAUGGGACAGAAAAAAUUGAACAACAGAAAUAUGUUCCAUGAAACAAGGCUUGAAGUGUGCUCAACCAUACAUGGCAAGUGUUAAACACACAGUCUACGUUUUGUAGUAUGUGAGUGAUAAUUAAUGCGAGUAUACAUACCGGUAGGACAAGUCGUAUUUCACUACAGUAUCAGAACUUGAAAUUAACUGAAAGCCACCAAGGUUUUUGUCAUAUAUAUUUUAAUGAACAUACUUUGUUGUCUAGUGACAAGACCAUCCUCAUGUACAGCUUUUGAUGGUGUAGUUACUUGCUUGACUUCUAAGUCGUGUAUAUGUACAUAAAAUAUGUAAGUUUCAAAAGGUAUGAAUAAAGAGAUGGAAAAAGUUA